GCUUUUUCGAUCUUGCCUUGGCCGAAGCAAUUAGUUAUCAAACUAAAACCGUUCGCAAAAUUUCCCUAGCCAAAGCUCAACUUGGCAAAGAUUUAACGGCCGAAGUAUCCAAAUUACAAAAAGGUAAGAAAUACGAGCUUACUUUUGCAGAAGCCGAGUUAAAACCUUCGGCAGGAGCCAACCAGGUAGGUUACUUGAUAAUUAAGCAAAUCAUUAGUUUAAAAGAAGCAAUUGCUAAGGGCAAGAGAAGGGAAGAAGACCAAGUUAAGAAAGACAGCACACCCAAAACAAAAAAGGCUUUCAAUCUGGGUGGAAAAGCAAAUAAGGGGAAAAUUUCCCUUAACUCUAAUUCUAUAGUUUUUACAGUCAGAAAAAUUGAAAAAUAUUCUAGUAACUUCCCGGGCUGUGAAGAUGCUCGCAAAAUCACUUUUACCGAACCGUUUAUUUAUAAGCGGGAGGAGGCUAAGGGGUUUAUUGCUAAUUAUAAACUUUUGCAAAAAAAAGGAUGGUUGACUCCAUCAGAAUUUGAAGAAACAGAACUAAAAGAAAUUCCUCUUAGCUCCGAGGAAGAACUGGAGUUGAAACUAGAUCACUUGCUUAACUAUUCGGAAUUGCCUUACUCAGAAAAAAUCCAGGAGUUUGCGACCCUAAGCAAUAAGUUUGCUGAACGAGGAUUGCUCCUCGAACUACGGGAGGAAGAAGGGCAAUUCCGGCCUUUUCUUUCUUCUUUACCAACCCAAUCCGAAGAAAAAGCUUUGGUUUUGGCCGCAACCGGUCAAACCACCCAACAGGUUUUAAAUCAACUUUUUUUAAACCAAACCGAAAGGCAAGUAAGCCAACAUUUGGCUCACCAAGCACAAAUAGUUAUUCGCCAUGCCCCCCUAGACGCAAUGUUUGAGGGCCUCAAAGAAGAAUUGCAAGAAGAGUUUUCGCUCAAUCGCGGACCUUCACUUUUUGGGCGAAGGCCAGUAGGAGCUUAUCUAGCCGCACCCCUUAAUCAAUUAGAAAAAGGUGUCAAAUCCUGGGAAAAUUAUCUCCUGCAUUCGGUGGGGCAAGAACUAGCCCAAUCCGCUCACGUUUUACGAAUAGCCAGUCGGGAUUAUGCUGACCUAAUUGCGGCUACCCAGGAUGCUUUGGAACUGAAAAAUGAAGAGUUGGGAGCAAGAGACAGAAAGAUAGAAAACAAAGAAAAAGAAAUAACUACGAUCAAAGAACAAGGUAGAAAAGCACUAGAAACUAAGGAAAGUGAAAAGCAAAAACUAAAAAUCGAACUAACCAAAAAAGAAAACGAGUUAGAAAAAACGAAAACUCAAAAAGAUCAUCUGGAGAAAGAAAAUAAGCAGUUGAUUGUGGUUCAUGCCGAUAAAGUAAAAAUUUUAGAAGAUGAAAAACAACUAAUUCAAGAGGAAAAAGAAAAUCUAGCUGAAAAAAGCACCAGCCUAACUAGCCAAUUAAAUAGCACCCAAGAAAGUUUAAGAUCAGUAGAAAGAAAUAGAAGUUCUUUGGAAUUGCAAGUUUUUAACCUUCAGAACGAAAAAGAACGGUUGGCUAAUCGUAUUCAAAUUCUCGAAGAGCAAGCAAGAACUAUUACUCGUAAUUAUCAGCAAAUGGCGAGAAAAUGUCAAGCCUACGAAGAAAUUGAAGUUGCUAUUCAAGAAAGACUAGCUCGUAAUGCCACAAUCGCCGAUCCUCGUGACGCUAAACUAGGCGGUCAAGAAGAAACUAUUGAAUUACAAAAAGCCCUGAUCGCCAAAAAGGUAAUUGAUAUCAAAGACUUCAAAGAAACAAUAAGAAUACUAUCCCAUUCUUACCAAGAACUGCUUGAACACAAAGAAGACUUGGACGAGGAAAUCAAAGACUUCGCUGAUCGCUUACAAAAGAAGGAAACUAAAUUACAAGAAGUAACUACUGAUAACCGUUCUCUCCAAAAAGCCAAAGAAGAAGUAGACGGCGAACUAGUAACUCAAAAGGAGAACUGUUUGGAAUUAGAAAAUAAGCUGCAAAAGUCUGAAGCUUCUCGCGAUAAAACCCAAAAAGAACUAAGUGAUCUAAAAGGAAACUAUUCGACUUUAGAAAACGAAAAAGAAACUCUUAAUGAGGAAUUAAUUCAAGUAAAAACUGAGUUAGAGCAAACUCAACAAUCUCUCGAAAACUUGCAAAUGUUGGUUGACGUUCCACCCGUUCCUCAUUCCGAAUCCACUUCUCUCGAAGAAAGGUUAAAAAAACUGCGGGGAGAAGAAUCCACAGAACCAAUGGAGAUUGAAGAAAUGUAUGCUAUACUCAGAGUAGACGCAAAUGCGAGCGAAGAAGAAAUCAAAAACGCUUACAAAAAACUCUCGGCCCAAUAUCAUCCCGAUAAGCAAAUUGGUAAAAAUGAAAAAGAAAGAAAAUUUGCCGAAGACCGGCUGAAACAAAUUAAUCAAGCCUACGCUAUGUUUAAAAAACUUACGGGGAGAUUAGAUGUUGAUGAAUUUGAAGCUACUCAUAUUCCCCAAGCGGGCGAGAAUGGUAAAAGCCAAAAUUCCGAACCGGAAAAAGAAACUAAAGUGGAAGAAGAACCCCAACAACUAAAAAACCCAAAGCCAAUAAUUUCUAACUCCAGAGUAAAUAAAAAACUAUUCUGA